ACGUCACGGCUCCGAACUACUUACUCUUCUUCUUAUAAUAAGCCACGACGUGGACAAUGGCCUGUCUUUCACCGAGGCCUACACAGGCUUGCAUCUCCACUCCCUGUACUGGUUGGCCAUCGCCAUACUAACGAACUCAGCAUGUCUAUGCGAGCACUACCACACAGCUCACAAAACGGGCCAAACUUAGACGCAAGUGAAUACCCCCAACCACUGGCUAGCGCCAGCGCGAGCCGUGGCCCGAUUCAGCAGCUCCCAGCCGAGCUUUUGGGUGAAAUAUUCCUCUGGUGUGGCAAUGGAGAACCAGCUCCUUGGGCGCCGGGGGGGACAAUUGAGUGGGUUUUGGCCCAAGUUUGCAGCGUAUGGCGCGUGUUGGCGCUCUCUAUGCCGGCACUCUGGCGAAAAAUAUACAUCAUGCAUGGCUACUCGGUCUACGACAACCUCCCUAUCGAAAAACUACAGAAAGCUCUUUCGCUCCACCUGAAGCGGGCUGGCAACACCCCGCUUCUUGUUUCUUUCACCACUAUCGACCUCAAUGUGGACGAGCGGGACAACAUGCGCAAUGAACAGAGGGCCUUCAUCAUCGAAUCGCUCCUUGCGGUCGCUGACCGAUGGGAGCAAGCGGAACUACAACUAACAGCCACCGAAAUGCAUAACGUGCUCUUCAGUCCGAGCGCCCCUUCAUUCCCUCUCCUCAAGGCUUUGGAAUUCUCGUACAUUGGACGCCCAUCAGACUCCUCUGGUGGUCGUGGCAUCAUGCAAUUUAAACACAUCCACAAAGCCUCAAUAGCACCAAACCUGCGUCAUCUGGGGUACAGCGGAGGUGCCGCCCCAAUCUCACUGCGCGGUCUCCAAACACAGUUUCAAAGCCUGAGCCUGCCCUGGUCUCGCAUCACCUCCCUCUCGCUGGAGAACUAUCCAAGCUGGCGCGGCAAGCUCCAAAAUGCAAUCGCAAUCCUCCGUCUCGGCCACGCAUUAGAGGACCUUAGGCUGGCCGACUUUCUGCCCCAAGUAGGACGUGUCGACAGCAACGACAUUGUUUCGCUCGACAAACUCAAGUCGCUCACCUUCCACGCCUCCAACAGUGUUCUCCUGUCCCACCUCCGCGCGCCGAAUUUGGGGUAUCUCAGCCUGGACCAGCUGUUCAACCCCCACACACAUCUCAACGUCCUCGAUCUCCUGUCACAAACCACCAAGUUGACCCACCUCAUUAUCAGCGACACGAACAUUCCAUUCGACGCGCUCAUCCGAAUGCUGGAGCUGGCGCCAGGCCUGCACGUGCUCGUGCUACGUGAUUUGGUCAAAUCAGUCGAUUCUGAGCUGGUGGCGGCGUUGACGUGCGACAUCAUGCCCAAGCUCGAGCAGCUGGAAAUAACCGGCCGUUUCUCUCUCGCAGCGGCACAUCCACUCGUGAAGCUGGUUCAAAGUCGCGCGGGCCGAUUGCGACAUGUGAAGUUUACCGGAUUGACCCUGCCACAAGAAUUGUACAGUCAGCUCAAAGACUCCGGCUUCGCUAAUCUGUUAUAA